GCAAGCCUGGGGGAGAGGGAUAGAUAGACCAGCCCCAGGGAGAAGGCUGCUUGCUAAGGACAGUGGCUGCCGGACAGCCACAAACAGCAGAACGCUCGCUGCUUGGAAGGGCUGGGACUGCACAUUUCCAGGCGGAUGCACUCGGGGGCUGCCCGAUUGUAAGCCCUGGAUGGAUGGCAGGGGGGGAGGAUUUGCUCCUUUCCCACAGAGCAGCUCAGCCUUGCCUGGGGCUGCAGUAAAAAGGAAAGUAUUUGCAGGAGGGAGGUACGGCAAGAGGAAGUCAGAUUCUCCUCCUGGGUUUGUCCGUUGAGCAUUCAUUGCUAUAGUGCUGCUUUUCUUUCGCAGUUUCUUUCCUUUCUGAGCAGUGAAAGGGUUAACUGUCUCCUGGAAAAGGUCUAGUGGACAAGCUACUAGACUUCCGAGCUUUGACAAUAGAAACCCCUAAUUGAGAGCCUUCCUUGGGAAGGGCUCCCAUCCCUGUUCUUCGCUGACUGACCUGUUUGUUUUGCUUGCACUGCCAAAGUGCAACCUUCUAGUAACAUUUCUCUUCCAAAUCAACUCAAAUCAAAAGAAACGCCUGCAGAUUCCCUGUGUUACCCACACGCGCGUAAGGCGAGUGGUUUGGUAACUGAUUGAUGAGAAACGUUUGGGGUUUCGUGAAUUAAAGGAAACUGGCAAGUUUGCAGAGGGGUGGUUCCUGCUAACAGACUCCCCUCGCAUUCAGCUGUAAAACAAGUCCCCCUUGAGGUCUGACAAUGCCUCCAAACCGCGAUAGACGUUAGGCGUUAAUUUUCUUGCCUACAGUUGGAAAUGUAGUUAAUCAGUUUGCGUAAGUGAAGGCUAAAGCUCUUGAAGUCGCCGACUUUGGAAAUACCCUAGAGUUUGACCUCUGACCUGCGACCGACAACAUGUGCCAGACCCAGAGCAUCCAGCACAAUGCGUGGUUUCAGUGUCUAACCUGGGGCAGGACAAAUAGACAAAUGUUUGCUGUUUCUUCUCUUUCCUCUCAUUCUAAUGAUUAAUCAUAUCUGAUCGCCCGCCCCCCUGCUUUAAUUCCAUCUUUUAUUUUUAAUUAUCCACCCUGACUGUUCUAUACACCCCUUGUUUUCCAGAAUAGCUUGAAUACCCAUGAAAUAUGCUCACGGCCAAACCCCGGAGGAGAAUCUCUCCUUGGGAGAUUCUACUUGAACAGUUUAGGCUUGCUGCUAUCCUGAAUCAUGCAUAUUAACUUACUUAAAAAGAACAAGAUCCGUUCAAAUCUUGAAGGCAAACAUUAAAUCUUCAUCCCAUUUCCUUGAACAGGUGGGGGACAAAGUCAGGAAAUGAGACACAAGACUUCUCUGGUAAUGAGGAAAAGAAAACGACUUUACAGAAACAUCCUGGAAAAGUCAAGUAGCUACCCCGGACACCAUGGUCACCACCACUCAGAAGCUGGGAAUCAUCCUCUGUUCUCUGGACUCCAUGAGCAGCCUCCCCAUGCAACUCCAGGUGGCCAUCUAAACGGACAGAUAAGACUGGGGUUACCUGGAGAAAUGUACGCCAGGUCUGAACAUUUCACUCAAGUACCAGCCUCCAGGACCGAUCCUUUUGCUGCUUCCUCGCUUCAUAGCUACGGUGGCAUGAAUCUGAACGUGAAUCUGGCUCCACACCACGGCCCUGGUGCUUUCUUUCGUUACAUGAGGCAGCCCAUCAAACAGGAACUCAUCUGUAAAUGGAUUGAGUUGGACCAGACUCCCAAAAAAUUAUGCUCGAAAACUUUCACCACAAUGCACGAGCUGGUGACUCAUGUCACAGUGGAGCAUGUUGGAGGACCCGAGCAGUCCAAUCACAUAUGUUUCUGGGAAGAGUGUCCAAGAGAGGGGAAACCUUUCAAAGCCAAAUAUAAACUUGUAAAUCACAUCAGAGUCCACACAGGUGAAAAACCCUUCCCCUGCCCUUUCCCAGGCUGUGGGAAAGUGUUUGCUAGAUCAGAAAAUCUCAAAAUACACAAAAGAACUCACACAGGAGAAAAACCAUUCAAAUGUGAAUUCGAAGGCUGUGACAGACGAUUUGCCAACAGCAGUGACAGGAAGAAGCACUCUCACGUGCACACCAGCGACAAACCCUACAACUGCAAAGUGAGAGGCUGCGACAAGUCCUACACCCACCCCAGUUCCUUGAGGAAACACAUGAAAGUGCACUGCAAAUCCCCUCCUCCGAGUUCAGGCUACGAGUCCUCCACACCUUCCCUGGUGUCUCCCUCCUCGGACUCCGGCCGGGACCCUCCUGCUUCCUGUUCUCACGCAGAGCCAGUAGCAUCGUCGCAAACUGCAGCUAACCUGAGCGAAUGGUACGUGUGUCAGAGCUCGGGGGCCAGUGGCAUCCCAACUCCUCCCAGUAACUCUCCGUCACCUAACCCGGGAGAGGCUUCUUACACGAACUGUGAGCCCAGGCCCAAUUAUUAGAAAUAAAUCAAUAAACAGAUAGCUCACACAGUCUGCAGUCUGGAUCUCAUCGAAUGGUCUCCUCUUGUUACUCUGCUACCUUUGCGAUGCAGAACCACUGUACCAAGACUGCCACAGUAGAGGGAACAAUCUUAUGCGAGGGGAUCAUAGAUAAUGUGAGCACCACACACGGGGAAUAAAAAAAGAGACAGAGGCGCUGCCCUGGCACAUGGCCUCUGCAGAGAAGAUACAUUGUAAAAUAAAUUAAACAGGUCUCUGUUACAAACUGCAUUUAUGGUACCAAGCACACGCGAAGGCAACUUCAGUCCGUCCGCAUUGCUUUUUGCAUCCUUAUACACACUCCUCUGGUCGUCUGGUUCUAAUAUGUUUACAAACUCAUCGAUUUUAAACAUCUUGUGUAUUAACGAACCAAAGUGUUUUAAUUCGGAUUUCUAGCUGUACAGGUUUUAUUGUCGAUGGUAUCUUGUGAUAGAGGUUUACUGUCAGUUUUGUUAGCCCACUAUUCUCUCUCGCUCUCUCUCUCUUUCUCUCUCUCGUGUAUAUAUAUAUAUAUA